GAGCAUGAUUGGUUUGAAAUUGAGUGGAGCAUGCCUAUUUGGAACUGAUUGAACUGUUUUGAUUAACUGAGAGUUUUGUAAAUUAUGAUUUUCUGUUAAAUCCAUGCCCACAUGGAAUGUUCUGGUUAUUUCUGAAAUUAUGGAUUUCGAUCGUGAAUUUGGGACUUCGAUUGUGAAUUACGGAUUUUGAUUGUGAAUCUUGCAUGGUUUUGUCUCUGAUGUAGUCAUGAAUUCCGAUCCCCGCUAGUGGGCGUGUAGCAUCCCUGAUCCCCGUUAGUGGGUGUAGCACUAGCACUCCUGAUCCCCGCUAGUGGGUGUGUAGCAUCCCUGAUCCCCGCUAGUGGGUGUAACGCUAGCACAUGUCGACAUGUUUACUGAUAUGACCGGUUCAUUCUGUCGCCUGCCAGAAACGUUUUGUUAUUGAACUGAAUCUGAUUUUGCAUUGACGAUUUUGUCAUUGAACGUUUUGCUAUUGAACCGAAUUUGAUUUCCGCAUUAACGGUUUAUCAGUGAAAGUUCUGUUAUACUUACAUGGUUUAUCUGGCAUGCUAAAAGUUUUACCCAAGGGCUAUCCAUAAUUACUUAUUGAGUUAUCUCAUAGUUUUCCUUGUCCACCAUUUCAGGAAGCGAAACUGAGGAUGGGGAAACCGAGGGGAGUGACGAGUUAGAAGGCUAGUCACCUGGAAUUUGAUAUAGAUUUUAGAUAUAGAUUAUGAUUCUGUAAGCUAGAGUGUAUUUAGAGAUUUUAUGAUAUCAGAGCAAAUUGUAAAAAUUUCAUCUUGAGAUUUGGUGGUAUCAAAUUAUGAAUUGGAUAAGUUUUGAGCCUUGUGCAUUCGUGGGACUCGUCUCACGAGUGCACGGCGUCUGUCGCGUCUCCGGAUUUGGGUUUUGGGGCGUGACACUACUACUGAAUUGAUGCGAGUUAAACAGAGGGAUGGAGAGUCUCUGAAGAACUACAUGAGCAGGUUUAAUGAUGCGGUGUUGGAGGUUAGUUCCUUCGACCAAGCUGUGGGUAUUGCAGCUGUAAUCUCUGGUCUCAAGCAUGAUAGGUUCAGAGACAGUUUGAUCAAACAUGCUGCCACCACCUUUAGCGAGGUGAACGAUAGAUCUCUGAAACUCAUAACUGCUGAAGAAUAUGCCCUAGCGCAAAAUCCACCUUCCUCUAAGAACCAGAACCCAGAAUGGAGAGAUGACAACCCGAACCGAAAAAGGAUGAGAAUGGCGCAGAACCGAGGUCCAGUGUUGACCUCCCCACCGAGAUUCGGAAGGCCGAACUCCACGCCUCCACAACAAUCUGCAGAUCCAGCAUUGUUGCAGAAGUAUGAUGGUCCUAUCUAUGGUUUCAAUAACCAACCUGUUCCGGUGGAAGGAAUUCUUACCCUCAAUGUGGCUUUUGGGAGGGGUAGAACCUAUGUGACCCCGUCGGUCCGGUUCCUUGUGGUCAAGAUGGCGUCCUCCUUCAACAUUGUUAUUGGCCGACCCACACUGACUGAAAUCCAAGCUGUGGUUUCCCAAUCUCACCUCUGUAUGAAGUUCCCAACUCCCAUGGGAAUAGCAACACUGCGAGGAAACCAGGAGGUGGCCAGGCAUUGUUAUAUCACCUCGCAAGUUAUGGGUGUUGAGAUCGUAGAUAAUCGACCGGAAAAUGAAGCCAGAGCUGCUCCGGUCGAAGAUGUUGAAGAAGUACUUAUUGAUGACAGAGAUCCAAGCCGAAAGACGCAGAUCGGAACUAGAUUGAACCCAGAGGAAAAAGCAGAGCUCAUAGCUUUUCUUCGAGCUAAUAAUGAUGUAUUCGCAUGGACUUCGGCAGAUAUGCCAGGAAUUCCAAAUUCAGUCUCUCAACAUAAGCUCAGCACCAAUCCAUUGAAAAAACCAGUGGCCCAGAAGCAGCGUCUCUUCGGGGGUGAGAGGCUUCAGGCUAUUAAAGAAGAGGUAACGAAGCUCUUGCAGGCUGGUUUUAUCAGGAAAGUCGAUUACUGUGAGUGGGUGGCUAACCCAGUUCUGGUGAAGAAGGCAAAUGGCAAAUGGCGAAUGUGUAUUGAUUAUACAAAUCUUAACAACGCCUGCCUUAAGGAUUUCUAUCCAAUGCCAAGCAUUGACAAACUAGUUGAAGCGGCUUCAGGCAAUGAGAGGUUAAGGCUCUUGGACGCAUAUUCGGGGUAUCACCAGGUGCCAAUGGCUCCAGAAGACGAAGAGAAAACCGCGUUCUAUGCUGGCGAUGAAAUUUAUUGUUACGUCAUGAUGCCGUUUGGCUUGAAGAAUGCAGGCGCUACUUAUCAGAAAAUGGUAACCAUUGUCUUCCACGCUCAGAUUGGCAAGAACCUGGAGGUAUAUAUUGACGACAUUGUGGUAAAGAGCCUAAAAGCAGAAGACCAUCUCGCUGACCUCGACGAAACCUUUAACAACCUUAGAAAGAAUAGGAUGCGGUUGAACCCAACCAAAUGCAUCUUCGGAGUGGAGUCUGGAAAAUUUCUAGGUUUCAUGGUGUCCCGAAGGGGAAUUGAGGUCAAUCCAGAGAAGAUCAGAGCAAUUGCCGAGAUGGAACCGUCGAAAUCAGUGAAGGAUAUACAAAGGCUGACUGGAAGGGUGGCAGCUCUACAUCGGUUCAUAUCGAAGUCAGCAAAUAAAUGUCUGCCAUUUUUCAAAAUAAUGAGGUCAGCCGCCCAGAAAGACGAGUCAGGGAAGCAAAAGAAGUUCGAAUGGAGCCAAGAAUGCCAAGCUGCAUUUGAAGAGCUGAAGUCUUAUCUUAGCUCACCGCCUCUGUUGACUAAGGCCGUAGAUGGCGAACUUCUUUACUUGUACCUAGGGAUUUCAGAUGAGGCCAUUAGUUCAGUUCUGGCGAGAGAAGAAGCUAGACAGCAGAAACCAAUUUAUUAUAUCAGCAGUGUGCUGCACGGAGCAAAGCUAAGGUAUCCUAUAGCCGAGAAAGCAGCAUUAGCAGUCGUCACUUCGGCCAGGAAGUUGAGGCCGUAUUUCCAGUCACACCCAAUUAUAGUUCUCACCGAUCAACCUCUCAGGCAGAUUCUGCAGAAACCAGAGUCUCAGGCAUUAGCAAAUUUCAUUGUCGAAUGCACUCCAUGUCCUUCAACCUCUAAUCCAGAGCCCAACGACUGGACCUUAUAUGUUGACGGAGCAUCUAGUAGCAAGGGUUCAGGGGCUGGCGCUCUCUUGAUUGGUCCAGAGGGAUACCGAAGUGAACAUGCCCUGAAAUUCAACUUUGAUGCGACAAAUAAUAUGGCCGAGUAUGAAGCUCUACUACUGGGUCUACAACUCGCACUAGAAUUGAAAAUCAGUGCAAUUCAAGUGUACAGUGACUCCCAGCUGGUGGUGAACCAAAUCAACUCUAUUUGCGAAGUCGUCGAUCCUGUGAUGGUAAAGUAUGUAGCCUUGGUGGCCGAGCUGAAGUGCAAAUUUCAGAAAUUCUGUCUGAGUAAAAUUCCCCGAGCUGAGAAUGAACAGGCAGAUUCACUCUCCAAGUUUGCCUCUGAUAGCUAUUUAAGCUCCAGAUCCGUUUUUGUAGAGGUCUUAGAUGAACCAAGCUUCAUGAAGCCUCGGGUGAUGGAGAUUAACACCAACCCUGACACGCCGAGCUGGACUAAUUCAAUUGUCUCCUUCUUACGAGAUGGGAUAGUAUCUGAGGACAGGCAGGAGGCGAUGAAAUUGAGGAAGAAAGCAUCUCGAUGCCACUUUGUUCAGAAAUGCCCGAAAUGUCAAUUCUUCGCACACCUGACUCAUCAACCAGCGGAAGAGCUCACGAAUUUGGUAGCGCCGUGGCCAUUCGCUCAGUGGGGACUGGAUCUUUUGGGUCUAUUCGUGAAAGGGGUUGGUGGUGUAACCCAUCUGGUUGUUGGUGUGGAUUAUUUCACAAAAUGGGUUGAAGCUCGACCUUUAUCCAGUCUUACCUCCAAGAAGGUCGAAGAUUUUGUUUUCAGCUCGAUCAUUUGCAGAUAUGGGAUCCCAAAUCAAAUUGUGGCUGAUAAUGAAACUCAAUUCAAUUGCUCUUCAUUCCGAGAUUUCUGUUCUAGUUAUGGGAUCAAGUUACAGUUCACCUCUGUUUACCAUCCGGAGUCCAAUGGCAUGGUGGAAUCUGUCAACAAAUGCAUUUUGGAAGGUAUAAGGCCGAGAUUGGAGCAGCAUAAGGCCAAGUGGGAAGACGAGCUCAACAACGUCCUUUGGACAUACAGAACCACGAGCCGAACUGCCACAGGUGAAACACCCUACCACCUGGCCUUUGGUACCGAAGCAGUCAUUCCUGUUGAGAUAGGAGUCCCAAGCUUCCGGGUCACCCAUUUCGAUGAAGAAUGAAAUGGACAACUGCUUCGGGAAAACCUUGAUCUGCUUGCCGAAGUCAAAGAAGAAGCUUGGCUUCGAACUCUUGUAUACAAGCAAAAGCUAGCCAACUUUUACAAUAAACGGGUCCGCCCUCG